AUGGCCGGUUGUCAGGUGUUGGGUGCCGAGGUGGAUAAUCAGGCAAAGGGAGGCAUUGAUAUAGAUGCUUAUGAGGAUGCGCGGAGAGAGCAUGGGAUGGCCGACCGACGCCUCCGUCACGUUUUAGUGUUUAGUCCAGAUCAAGCGGCCACGGUGCAACGACUUUCUCACUCUGAAACCCUCCCGUCGUGUUCUGGAUGGCAAAAGGGGCGCCCUCGGCCCCUCUUCAGCCUAGGAACCCGCAGCGGGCACGGGUGCGUCGGGCGGGCCUUCAGCUCUUAUCGCUUAUCACUCAGGUACCGAUACCCUGAGGUUCACGGGGGAGGUCGAGUGUCGAUUUUCACCGCCUGCCCAAUCGGCAGCUUUCAUCGUCCCCCGCCAUGCAUCACCGCCCGCUCCCAUCGCAACUUUUUGAUUUUCAGGCGGCCAAAUAUUCACUUUGAGCGCAUACCAGACGACUCCCCACCCAAGCCACCGGAAAAGAAAAACAAAACCACAAAGAGGGAGGAGUAUCGCAAUGCGCGCAACCAAGAUGGCGUGGCUGAACUGCCCAAAAAGAAGUUCUACCGCCAACGCGCCCAUGCAAACCCUUUCUCGGACCAUCAAUUAGUCUACCCGGCCAGUCCAGACUCCAUGAACUGGACGCAGUACUAUCCCGCCUUCGCAGCCAACGAUGAGACUCCCUCCACCGAUCCUACAGUCACGGAAUCCAUGACCCUGGAUGCCUCGAAGCCGAAAACGCGCAGUCUAACGAAGGAUGUGGAGGUUGUUGACAUUGGCUGCGGCUUCGGAGGCCUGACCGUAGCUCUGUCACCGAUCCUCCCAGAGACCCUCAUUCUCGGCCUCGAGAUCCGCACUUCGGUUACCGAAUAUGUCCAGGAGCGCAUCAAGGCCCUCAGAGUUCAGAAUCAGGAGACUGGCGGGUACCAGAACAUCAGCUGCCUCCGAGCCAACAGCAUGAAGUUUCUCCCCAACUUUUUCAAAAAGGCACAGCUCUCCAAGAUCUUCAUCUGCUUCCCCGACCCGCACUUCAAGGCACGGAAACACAAGGCCAGAAUCGUAUCAACGACGCUCAACUCCGAAUACGCCUUUGCGCUGCGCCCAGGAGGCAUCGUGUACACCAUUACAGACGUCGAACCCUUGCAUCAGUGGAUGGUGGGCCACUUCAAUGCCCAUCCUGCAUUCGAGCGUGUGUCCGAGGAAGAACAGGAGGCGGACGAGUGUGUCAAGGUGAUGGCGUCCGAGACGGAGGAGAGCAAGAAGGUGACGCGGAAUCAGGGCCAGAAGCACAUUGCGCUUUUCCGCAGGCUGGAAGAUCCUCCAUGCUUUCCGGUGAAAGGCAAGCGCAUUUUAAGCAUACGGAGGUACCUCAAGUGGCAGGGCCCCACCGAGACUCACCUCAUGCACCCAACCCUGCUGCGCGCCUGCAGCAACGAGUACAAACGGUACACGCCUAGGUGCUCCCUCACCUUGCAAGCACCGGGAACAAGCGUCCAACGGUCACACCUCAACAUCAUCCGCCAUCCACCAUCCACACGUGUCUCUCGACCCGCACCUUCACGUCCCCUGAAAUCGAUAAGGCCCAGCCAAGCCGACCUAUUCUUCUUCUCCUCCAGAUCUCCCAACCCAGCAGCUCCCAAAAGUACCGCAGUUAUCGACGACGUACGAUGUAGCGACAGCCUAUCGCCCUUCACAACCGAUCUGGAUAUGGCCUUGCAAGGAAGAGAACUGAUCCUUGCCGCCGUCACAUGCUUCAUAGCCUGGGGCUAUGCUGUUAGCUGGGUCCCGGUCUUGAGAUGGGUAGGAUACGCCUUGGUUGGAGGGGUCAUCUUGACCAUUGUCGCCUUUCUCGCCCUCGUCCUCGUUACGUCGCGCGGCUUCGGACACGGUUUGCGACACCGAUCCCCGCGACCAAAUGGCCCUGCAUUCCUCGCACCCAAGGCCUGGGCCCGACAGGUCUCAAGCCUUCAAACAAGACAGGCUUAUACGAAAGUCGCUCUCGACCCGAACUCCAAACGCAUAUCCAAAGCCCUCGACGACCUCCUCGAACUCAUCAUACGGGAUUUUGUCAGCUCGUGGUAUUCCAACAUCAGCAAGAACCCAGUCUUCUCCAACGAGGUCGAUAAAGCUGUGCGCGAUGCCCUCAUCAACAUUCGAGAGCGCCUCUUGGAGCUUGACCUCGUCGACAUCGUCACCACUCGAAUCGUACCGAUGCUCAACGCCCAUUUCCGCGAUUUCUACGAGGCUGAGCGAGCUGUCCGAGGGAAGAAACUCAAUCGAUCGGUGACGGAAUCGGAGGAGCUGGACCUCGCAAUUGCCUCUAAAUACAAGGAUGGGAAGCUCCAUCCCGCAGCUUCCUUGUCAUUCCCCGACACAAAGCUCGUGCAGCAAGAUUAUUUACGAAAGAUGGUGUCUGGAAUUCUGCCAAAAGUCCUACCGCCAAACAUGCUUGCCAGUCGAGCCGUCUCGAGCAUCAUCCGAGAGAUUGUUGCCUGCGCUGUGCUAUUUCCCGUAAUGCAAAUCCUAGCCGAGCCGGACACCUGGAAUCAAGUUAUGGAAAACUACGGGCGUUCGAUGUUGCAAGAUCGGUCGACAGUCCGGAAGCUCAGGGCGGCGUUGGAUCAACAUGCUUCUCCAGCACCAAGAUCAGGCAAGGCUGCCAUUAUACCCCGUCUCUCGCCCACCGAUAGUGAGAGAAAGUUUGAGAAGUUCAUCCGCGCUAUACGGAAAGUCGGCAAUCUCUCGGAUGCAAGGCGGCUACGGAGCGAGGUCGCGAGCCAGUUGAAGCGGGAUUGCUUGGAGGAAAAUCAGGAUCAGGUCUACCUCAGACGACUAGAAAUGGGCAAGCGACUACUGGAUGAACGCGUCCAGCUUCUUGCUGCCGGUGGAAGUCGACAGUCCUCCGCGACUUUGCCCGCCCGCCCUUCCGGUGUUCCUCAGGCACCCUCCAAGCUAGAGCAUGCAUCUCUUGUUGACCUGCUCCGAGAUGCAUCAGGCUUGUCGUAUUUCAUGGAGUUCAUGGAUCGUCACCACAUGAUGCCUCUGGUCCAAUUUUGGCUGGUUGUUGAUGGCUUUCGCAAUCCUUUGGAGGAUGAGGGCCAAGAUGACGAGCAUCUACCGUCCAAUCUACCAAUGUGGACCAGUUCUGACCGUGAGGAUUUGGGCCAGAUUGACCACGCAUAUCUAUCCAAACCCGAACUGAAGGUCUCGAAAGCCUCCCGAGAUGAGGUGCGCGCUUUCCUGAACGCCGGCAAGACAGCCACUCCCGAGCAGUACUACAGGGCUCGCAGAGCAAUCCUGAGGGCCCAGACAGCUGUCUUGGACGCGAUGCAAGCCCAAUUCUUCCAGGCCUUCAAGAAGUCUGAUCUAUUCUACAAGUGUUUAGCCUCACAAGAAGCGUCGGCGAAAAGUGCACCACUACCCGUUGCAGAGCCGUCAGCGUCUACUCCAGCACACCCACCGACGCAUCGAAGCUCUCAUUCCUUCCAAUUCAAGCCCAGUCCUGUCACCCGUAUAGCCCCAAGGUUAACACGACCGCUAUCAAGGCGAGCUGGUUCUGCAUCGGAUUUGGCCAGCCUCGCUCUUAACGGGAACGGUUCUGAAUCGCUCUCUAAGCAACGUCGUUCUUUCGAGGAAGAUGUUUCAACCCCGCUAUUUGACGACGACGAUUUCGAUCAGGAGGGCAUGAUGGACUCGGUCGCUAGUCUUGACCAGGACGCAGGCAAGCCUCCUGUGCCAGAUACGAACGUGGUACAAGCAAUGGAAGAAGCUCUGAACAACAUAAUGGAGGACAAUCGGCCGCAAACGGCUGAAGAGUUUCGAGAAUCAUUAUUUGGGGCGGAUGAUCAAGUCGACAGGUCAAGUUUAUUUUCUGGAGAUAACGAAUCCCUUCGUGGAUCACUUGAAAUGUCAAGACCUGCAGCUUCCUCCAAGGAAACCGACAAACCAAGCCUUGCAUCUCUUGGCCUCGUUAGUGCGGCAUCUCGCAUUGGAGUGUUUGUAGAUGACGAUCUUUUUGGUGAUGAGGAAAAGUACCUUUCUGACGAACGAGACGAUCCAGAGGAAGAAACAAAAGGCGAUGUUGAGGACGAAAUCCAGGAAGCAGCCCCUGGUGACCUCGGGCUAGCAGAAGCUAUCACGGCGUUGUCCAAUGAUAUUGACCGCCUCAUAGCACAAGAUGCUAUUGUCGAGUCACUAACAAAGAAGGCGGACCUCACGAACAACACGGCUGAGCUCCGUAUCCUGCGGAAGUCCAAGGCGAGUCUGCAACGUGAGAUCCGUCGCAAAGAACUUCAAAGGCAACAGUACGUUGUUCAAGAAAGCGACAACAGCUUGUAUGGGCGGUCAACGAUCAAGAUCAAGGCCAUCCAAGUCGGCAAGGAGGACGAUGGAAGGGAAUUUGCCCUGUAUGUGAUCGAGGUGCAAAGAGAUGCUGGCGAGAAGAUGCCAGCCGCGACAUGGAUGGUUACUCGCCGGUAUAGCGAGUUCCACGAUCUGCACCAGAGACUUCGCUCAAGAUAUCCUUCUGUUCGGAACUUAGAAUUUCCCAGGCGAAGGAUGGUUAUGAAGUUCCAGAGUGAAUUUCUACGCAAACGACGGACGGCCCUUGAGAAGUAUCUCCGAGAUCUCCUUCAGCUUCCAGAGGCGUGCAGGAGUCGAGAUCUGCGAGCAUUCUUGUCGCAAAGUGUGAUAGCGCAAGGCCAAGAUCUUGUGGAUCGCGAGGACAAGAAAGACAUGAUCACAAGGUUCUACGACUCCGUUACGGAUGGAAUGGAAGACAUCCUCGGCAACAUUCCUGUCUUGGAUCAAUUGUCUGUGGCUGGUCAGAAUCUCAUCGCAGCAGCCACUAACCAGCUGAACGCUAUGCCACUACCUGUUAACGAGGAUGGUGUCAGCGCUGCUGAGGCCGAGGCUGAACUGAACGCUUUCGAGAACAAGGAGCUAGAGUCUUUCAUCAAACCUAUCUGCGACAUCUUCUUAGAAGUCUUUGAACUCAACCGAGGAAACAACUGGCUUCGAGGGCGUGCUGUGGUUGUUGUCCUUCAACAGCUACUGGGCGGCACAAUCGAGCGCAAGGUUCGAGACAAUGUCAAGAUGCUUGUACAGGAAGAUGCCAUCAUCAAGUACAUCGCCCUGCUCAAGGAUAGCAUGUGGCCCGGUGGUGAAAUGAAUAAGAACAAGCAACCGAGGACGGCAUCAGAGAAGAAGAAGACGAGGACGGAAGCCAGCUUGAUGUUGGCUACUCUUAUACCCGACCUAGCAGGAAGCGUUGUCGGAAGAGUGAAUGCACAAGCAGCCAGCCGGCGUGUGUUCGCAACCUUCAACAAUUCGAGACUCAACGCACACUUAGCCUUUACGUUCAUGGAUGAAUUGAUAGAAACUUUGUUUGAUGAUGCGGCGAUGGGAGUACGAUCAUUCAGCCCAAACCGGCGGCAUACGCCGGAAACGAUUAUGAGGUUGCAUGAGCAGGCGUCUGGUUUGAUAUUUCUUCUUCCGGAAGUACAUACAUACUUAUACACCCUCAUCGACAAGAGGCACGAGACUGUGUCCUAUGAAGCCUACGGGAGGAUAUGCGGUUCCCCAGGAAUCGCGAUGGAUUGUCUAGUCAACUAG